UCUUUUCUAAAAUGGAGCAGGUGUAACAGAACCAAAAAAAUAAGAGAUUUUUUAACACUAGGAAGAAUUUUUUGCAAAAAAAUUUACGCAAAUUACCGAUAUUUGGUAGAUUAACUUCUUGUUCGCGUACGAAAAGGUGGUGGUUUCGGAAGUGGCAGCCACACUGGCGUCGGUAACGGUCAACCAUCUUAAUUCGCCUGUUGGGGCUGCUAGUAAUGCGAGUUUUUCCAAUGAAGCCAUAGAGCUGAUGAAGAACAAUAAGGAUUUGGAAAAUCAGAGAGACGAAAGAGAAUUUAAGUCCAAAGAUGCCGAGGGUUUGGGCUCAUGCACGUGGAUUCUUGCAUUUAUUUCGUUCAUUAUCGUUGCAUUGACGUUUCCAUUGUCACUGUUUUUUUGUCUGAAGAUCGUGCAAGAGUACGAGCGUGCAGUUAUAUUCCGUGUUGGUCGUUUACUGCCUGGAAAUGACGCCAAAGGACCUGGAAUAUUCUUUAUCCUUCCUUGUAUCGACACGUACAUGAAAGUCGACUUGCGCGUCGUGUCUUUUGACGUUCCGCCGCAAGAAAUUUUGACGCGCGACAGUGUGACGGUGGCUGUUGACGCUGUCGUAUACUUUCGAAUAUCCAAUCCUAUUUGGUCUGUUGUGAAUGUCGAAGAUGCUCAUCGCUCGACAAAGCUAUUAGCUCAAACUACUCUGCGUAAUGAACUUGGUACUAAGAAUUUAAGCGAGUUGCUCGUUGAGCGAGAAAAAAUCAGUCACUCGAUUCAACGCAUAUUAGACGAAGCGACAGAUCCAUGGGGAAUGAAAGUAGAGCGCGUGGAAGUGAAAGAUGUGAGAUUACCCCAACAGUUGCAAAGAGCUAUGGCGGCAGAAGCAGAAGCAUCAAGAGAAGCCAGGGCUAAGGUCAUCGCUGCAAAAGGCGAAAUGAAUGCUGCACGUGCGUUGAAAGAAGCAUCUGACGUCAUUGCAGAAUCCCCACAAGCGUUACAGCUUCGAUACUUGCAGACACUUCAAACCAUCUCAGCGGAAAAGAAUUCGACCAUCAUAUUUCCGUUACCCAUCGACAUGUUAAACAUGUAGAAUUUGUGAUUGGAUAUAAGUUACACAGUCUAUCCUUUAAUUAUAAAUUACACAGUCUAAUUGCGUAAAUUGAGUUAGCUAAAACAAUUCCAGAAUUGACCAACAUAAAAUUAGGAUUCUUCCAUAAUUAUAAGAUAAUUUUUAAUACACAAUUUUUCUCAUGGGAUUCUGAUUUUUCAUUUUACUUUAAAUUUAGAAGCAUUGUUUUUCCUUUAUGUAUGUAAUAUAAAAAUACGAAAUGACGAACAAAAAUUUUCAUCCUUGAGUAGUGCCACAGUGUUUUCUUUUGUAUCUAGUUUUAAGCCUUAUCUUAAUCUCUUGAGUAUCAAGUUCUUGGUAUCUGUGGUGCAAACAAUCAGGGGUUUUUUUUGCAGCUUAGUACUAAUUACUAGAACGGUCCUUUCUAGGGGGGUUUGUUUUUAUGUGUAGAUAGAAUUAUUUUAGUUCAUUUCUGGAACACAAUGUAAUAUUUUUAGGGUGAGAAGUUGUUAUUUUCAUUUUUUUAAUAGCAAGACAAUUUGCUAUAGUUUUAAGAAGAUACGUUAACAA